AUGGAUGCCUCCGUUGGCUCGCUCCCUUUGGCCUCCGCGAACUCAGAUGCGCCAUCAUCCCAGAAUCGUGAGAUGCAUCAGCUGCCGCAUCUAAAGAUCCCUCCUCUCCGAGACCCUCUUCCACCACCAUCGCGGAAACCCCCGUCUCCACUUGAGCCCAAUGCCGGGACAAUCAGAGAGCCCAAAUAUAGCACCAAGUCAACGCUUACCGCGUCCAACCAGCAAUCAGAGCUCCCAACGGUAGCGGGGUUUCUUAACAAAACAACGCAAUCAGACAAGCCAACAGUCACAGACCCGAUACCAAGCGCUGACAACCCACCUAAAACAGUGCUCCCGGCUUUUAUCAACCUACGAGCUGUUGAAAAGUUACCCUAUUCCUCCUUCGAACAAGGGGCGUUGCCUCGUAAACGCCGCCGGGUCGACCAAUAUGCUGACACGUUCGGAGACCAUCUGCAGCUUCCAAUACCGAAAAAUCAGAAGGAGAUACCUAAACAACGUCCUCCUUUUGGACCUUUAACCAUCUUGAAUGGGUUAAAUGAGCCACCGCCAAAUGCCGCCCUAUUCCCACCCAUCGAACCCAACGGUUCUCUCAAUAUCCCGACAUGUGGAAUCCAGCAAAUAUCAACUGCAACCAACGGCUCAUUCAUUCAAAAUAAACCAAGGCAACAUGUUGAAGCUAAUGAAAAGUCUGUGGAUAAAGAUCGUAUUAUGGGUAACGCAGCCUCUCUAGAGAUACCUGCUUUGAGAACUGAGACUCAGGUAGAGUCGCAACAGCCUUUCGAGUGGGCGAAUAAUGAGGUUGAUCCAAAGGACAUGGGUAAAACCGCACCAAAAUUCCGACGGAGGAAAAAGGCUCGAAAAUGGACAGAUGAGGAGACCUACGACUUAUUACGCGGAGUUGUAAGGUGUGGAGUUGGUAAUUGGGCUUCCAUACUUGCACAAUCUGACCUAAACUUCAACGACAGGACGUCGGCAAAUCUGAAGGAUAGGUUUCGUGUUUGCUGUUCUUGGGCUUACGAACCUGAUGGAAAGCCCCAGACACUUGCAGAUAAUACGAAUAAUGGACAAUCUGGGAAGAUUUUCUUACCCGAUCCUAGGAAAACCAAGGGGAUUUCUGAACCAAAUUCUCUCACAAGUUCUGUGUCUACGCUUCAAAACAUUACAGGAAACAUUCCCCCUACCGCAUCUAAUUCCCACACCAUCUCUCCAUUUCCAUCCGGCAAGGAAGGCUCUGUUACAUCGGAAAUUACCACAGCCUCAUAUAAAUCCCACCGCAAAGCGUACCCUCCGGCAAGGGGAAGUGACGCUCUUUCAAAGAAAACAAAGUCUACAUUGAUUGCUCUUGGGUUGCCUGAUCCUGACACUACUGUCAAAGCAAACAGACGGUCAAGACGUCCUUUUUCGCAGGCGGAAGACGAAGCACUUCUCAAAGGCUACGCAGUCCAUGGCUUCCAAUGGACACUAAUACGCCAGGACAAGCAUCUUAAUCUAAUGCAUCGAAAAGCUACGGACCUUAGAGACAGGUUUAGAACUAAGUUUCCUAACGCUUACCGGGAAGGAGGAUCAGCGACAGCAAAAAUUAUACCAGCCCCCAGCAGCAAUACCAAUGUGCCAAGUACUGCAUCUGACACUGCUGAGGGCGAGAAACAAGGACCGUCUUUAACUGCCCUGACCGGCUCAACCACAAGAGAACACUUACAACGGUCUAAUUUUGACUCGCCUGUUGCAGAAUCCCGACUUGGCAAAGGAAAUCUUCGGCGGCCAAGUAAUAGUGGCACAGGUACAAAUACCACAGCAUGCGAACAAAAUGCAAAAACGAAACCAUCAUCCACACCUGCAAAUGACAUUUUCCUGUCUACUAUGACUGCGGGUGCAAUGCCUAUCGACCCUGCAAUGUUGCCUCCAGCACCACCAUUGAGCACUGCUUUCGCCUUUACAACUACAGAUGACGGUACAAGUGCCAGUGCUAGUGAAUCUACCUUAGGGCGAUCUGACGACGUCACUUUACCCCCGUUAGUAUGGGAAGAGUUAGGGUGA